CGCAUUCAGUUUACGCAUGACGAAUGGCGUCAAGUUGUUAUUGUUGAAAGCGUUUAAUUAUUUGUAAUAAGAUUAUGAGUGCUUAUACAGUCUUUUUACAUAAAAUUGUACAAUAUUGUGACCAUCUAGUUUAGUUAGACAAGUGUUAAGUAAGACUUUUCCACUGGAUUAUUCAUUUGAGUGUCAAAAGUAUGUCACAUAAAAUGGGGUAUAUAAUGUUUCUUGCCCGUAAGCAAAUCAAUUUCCGUAAUAAAUAUUUGCACUUAUGUAUGAGAGGACGAUUGGAAAUUCUGCGAGAUGAAUCUGUGUAACGUUGUUUUUAUAGUUUUAAACAGUUUAAGGAGUAAUUGAGGUUGUGAACCGUGAAAUUUCUAUUUGAACACAUGGAAUAACACUCCCCCGUCAAAGGAACAAGAUGGCUGCGAUCAUAUCCAUCUUCAUAUUUUGCGAUAUUGAAAAAAAUAAGGAACAUCAGUAAAUAAGUUACUCCACAUUUAAUACAUUAUACUCUCUUUACAACGAACACGGGUAUUACGAGGUGUUUUGCUUAUAGUGAGGUACAUUAGGUGUCCCAUGAAAUUCCUAUUGAACUAUAACGAGUUAUAUUUGGUUCUAACGAGGAAAAAUGUGAUCGAAGAACAUGUUUCUUAACCUGUUUUUGGUGCAGUGAUGGCCAGAAAUAAAUACUCCAGCUGCAUGUAUACAGAAAUGCCUAGAAUCUGUGAUUAUCAAGGUGCCUAACAGUACUUUGAAUGGCUCUCAUGCAGCAUGUGAAUUCCAAUAGGGGUAAUUACGGCUCAACAUGCUGAUUUUAAAUGGCAGCAAAUAGUGACGGCAGUAUUGAACUUUCUGCUAUUUUAACCUGUGAAGGGGACCUGUCAGAUCCCAGGUUCCCUACACAGUUGAAUAUACUGGUGGACAGUUUAAAUACUAUUUUGGGUGAAUCAGUGAAAGUACACAAACUGGAGCCCUGGAACUCGGUGCGUGUAACGCUGUCCAUUCCUAGGGAAGCAGCGUUACGUCUUAGACAAUUAGCUAAUGAGGGUUCCCAGCAUCUUAGAGCACUUGGGAUACUCAGUGUUCAAGUUGAAGGAGAUCAGGUGAUAUCGUUGCGGUUGGCUACUGCUGGUCAUUCAGAACCUCAGGAAAUCAUCUUGCGAACUUCUCAAGAUGGCAGCAGCAAUAGCUCAGCUAACCACGAGUCAGAACUGGGCAAUUUUCUACAGACCAAUGCUACAUCGACUGCUGUCAGUAGCAACAACGUUCAAGUGCAAUUCAAAUCACCCAAUGUGGUGUGCCCCCCUGAUACUGUGGUACCCAAAGUUGGUGCCAACACAGUACCCCCUAAUACUGUCUCGGGUAGUAAUAAGGCCUUUGCUGGACCAUUUCCUUUUACCAGCAUGAACCAGGCCAUACAUAGUAAUCGAGAGACUCCAUUCAACUCACUACCCCCUCCUUACCCUGCAAAACAUCCCCCUGUAACAAUAUCCAGUCCACUUCUGGUAAAUCUUCUGCAGAAUGAUGGAGCUAAGGAUUCAUCAAGUACAUCAGGUGUUCAAAAAGCAUUGCCUACAAGGACAAUAGCUGCUUCCUCUGAUGUGUCAACUACUACAGUAAACUCUUCUUCAGGGCCAUCAAAUUUUGCAUCUAAACCUAGCAGCAACAUUUCUUCUACAACCUCAACUUCUUCUAUGAAUACUACUCAGGCCAAUGUGCUAGUUAAUAAUUCUACUGUAUCACCAAGCGCCUUAUCAACAAAUACUUCCAUUAGGCAGAAUAGCACCAUUAUGACAAGUACAACUGGUAUAGUGAAUAAGACACCACCACCACAAUACCAUAGGUCACUCUCUUCUUCAAUGGUAAAACAAAGUCCUGUUAUCGGUCACCAGAACUUGAACACCAUAUCUUCGCCACUACCAAACAACUCACUUUCACAAAACACUAUAGUAUCUCAGGGUACACAAUCAGUAACUGUGCCUCUACAACAAACGAAUGUUUAUCAACAGCAAUUAACAGCCUCAUCUGCACAUCUUAAAAGCCCAAGUAAUAAUAAUGUUAAUCCUUUGGUUCAACCACAUAUUGCAUCUACUAUUAAACAGUCUUUAUCUCAUAAACUGGUUACCUCAUCCAAUAUUGCGAAGUCGUCUUCUUUACUUAACACUUUGCCAAUCACAAAAACUAUCCCUCAAAGAGGUAAUAUUCUACCUAAUAUUUUAAAUCAUCCCAUAAACAAUACUCACCCAAAAAUGGCACAGCCUAAUGUACCAUUACCCAAAACUCCUGUUUACGUACCUCAGCCAAUAAAAAAUAACUUUUCUCAGAAUAUUGGAAAUGUUUCAACAAGUUCAUUACCCCAGUCGGCAUCUAUAUCAACUCCUAUACCUAGUACUUUAGAAUUGCCGACUUCCAGGCAAACGUUCAACAAUAUUAAUUUAAGAAAUAUGCCUUCACCGCCUCCUUACUCUGUAGCCAUAUCCAGGCCAUGGGAUUCACUUGUAAAUAACGGUAACUCCCUUUUGGAUCUAACACCAACAUUAACGGAUUUAAAACCAGACGAUCUGGAUGAAUUGCUACCUACUUUGGAAAGGGAGUUGACUCACAGUCCUCUGCCGGAGUUACCGGAAGAUUUUCUUGCUGUUCAUUCGAAUAUUAUAUCUACUACAGAAGACCUACAACUGAAUGAUAAUCGGAAAUUUCUCAUCAAUCCUCUGACGGGCGAAUUGGAACCUCAGUCGAGCGGAGAGAGCGACACGGAAGAAUUGAAAGACGUUUUUACGGGUUUACCAUCGCCUGCAAAUCUUUCUGACGAAGAUACGUGUUCAACAACUCGACCCGAUACGACAACCGAUCAGAGUGAUAGUGAAACGCGUUCCAGUGACACCACCGCCAAAACUGUAAGGUUAAAAAACCCCAAACCUCGCGAUAGAGAAAGAGAUUCCCCCGCUUUGAAACCAGAGAAAAUCAAAUUAAGAUUAAAAUUGGAGAAGUCUGAACCAAUUAAUCAGGCAUACAAAGUGGAUGUUAGUUUUAUUAACCAGCAACCAAAGAAGGCAUCUUCAUCAUUAAUUACAGCUGGGGAGGAGCUUCGAGUGCCACCACUUCACAUUUCACUUAGGGGUAGGAAUUCGGCAGUGAUAAAAAACAAGAAUAAAUUGAAUCCUGAUGGUACUCCUAUGAAAGUGAAGGUCAGAAAAAAUCAGGACCAUGUGAAGAUAAAAAAAAGUGACAGUUGUACCUUUAUGAAAUCCAUAGAAGACAAUGGAAGUAUUAAUUCUCUGAUGAUGGAUGUACCAUCUUCAGUGAUAUCGGAUGAGAUUAAAGCGAGGCUUGCCAGUUUAGAUCAGAAGAAAAAGAAGAUAAAAACGAAUCACGAGCGUAAGGAUAUAAUUACUAGUCUGACGCAAGAGAGUGAUCUGAAGUCAAAAUUUGUGAUACACAAUCACUACAGAGAAAAACAGAAGGAAAGACGAGGUAGCGAUUCGGAACUUGUAAAAACCAAGAAAUUUCUUGAUGGUCACGCCAUACCUGAUGACAAGAAGAGGAGGUUAAGCCAGUCUGAGCAACCUGAGGAAGACCAACCUGUAUUGGGUUCCACUAAUGUAGGAACCAUCACGAGUCUGCCGCAGAAAGUGAGAAAAGACAAAGUAAAAAUCAAAGAUGUGUUUAAAAAAGACGCUAGUAAAAAUAACAAGCUCUUUCACAAAAAUUUCGGAGAAAAGUUACAGACAAAACCGGUGACAUUACCCACUGCCGGAGAAAUGAACAUGGAAGCGAAGUUCAAACAAGGGUUGCUUGAAGGCACGGGAGAGAAAGGUAUUUCAAGGCCGCCACACCGAACAGAGAUUGUGAAUCAUCUCUGUACUGAACCAAAUAGAAGAGAAGCAGCCGAGGCAGUAAAGAUGAUACAUGAAUCCAAUCUCAUUAAAGACAAAUCUCCAGAACCAGACAAAUGCAACAUGCCUAACAGGAAGUCAGUUGAGUUGGGGGAUAAACCUGUCGUAGUAGGAGUUGUAGGUGGUAGCCGGUCACCAAAUUCGGGAGCCAAUCAGGGUGAAGAUAGCGGGAUAGAAAGUAUGGACGCCCUCAGCGAAAAAUCCCCUAAUCAAGCGAGUCAAAGUCCGCAUGCCGACAUUUUACCUCCAAAGACCCAAGUGCCUAACAUGCUGGACAUUGAGGCGCAACUCGCUAAGAUGGAGGGAUUGAAUGGGGAUAGUGAUAGGAUAGUGGAAGGUGUCGCGGAAACAGGACAUGUAGAAGAUGAAAACAAAUGCCAUCAAGACCAAGCAGUGAGAAACUGCUGUGAACUUAAUUGUGCUUUACAAGACAACCGCAAGCAAGGAGUGGUAUCUCUUGCUGCUGAUUUGGAUUCACCACCCCCUUCUGUUAACAAAGUUGAUAGUAAUCUUGGUCCUCUCAAGGUUAAAAAAGAGGAAGCUGACUUAGAGCCACUCCCCAUGCGAGUAACUCCCGCGUUGUACACGUACUCAAAUCCGGACAAAAGUCGCGCUGGAUCAGAGAGUCCCACCCUUUCGGACGAAGACAGUAAUUCGUGUUCGACCACCAGUACUGUUCCAGGUAACAGUAAGCAUAGCAAGAGCCUUCUGGAACAGCUACUUAUAGAAAUUCCCAAUGAUCACCAAACGCCGAGCUCACCAAGCCCAGCCACGCGAUCAUCGGUUCGAACAAGGGCGCUCUCUAAACUCAACAGUCCCGAGUUAAAUUCCCCUGUAGCAAAGAACUCGACAUUGCGAAUAGUACCUACCACCAAAAGGAAAAGGAAUGAGUCGGAUAGUUCGAAUCAUAGUAUGGAAGAAACUAAAAAGAAAUCACGCAAGAGCCUGAGUGUGACUAAUGUUGAGAUGAACCAAACGACUGAUACAGUGCUGAAGUCUCUGCGCCAGACAGAUCCUACCAAAAUAAACAAUGUAAAGAAAUUACCAAAAGUACAACAGGAAGACAGUUCUGAUAGUGAUGAACCUCUAACUGAGAAAAUACGCAAAUCCUCGCUAAUUGUGAAUACUCAAGUGAACAAUAACACCAACUCAAUGUUGAAAAGCAUUAAAACGGGGAAAACGGGGCCGGUGAGUGUUGCUAAUAAUAAUACUACGGUAGCACCUACGCAGAAAGGGGGAACUUUAGUGGUUAGUACUAGGAGGUCGGUGAGAAGCAAUAUGCCUGCGCAGAAUACCAGAAGCAAGGGUGAAAAUGUUAAGGUAUUGUCCGAGUCCGAGGCGUUGAGGAGGAAAACUCGAAGUGCAGUUUCUGAUGUUGAAAAUAAACGGAAAAAAGAGGUAAAGUGACAGUAUGAGAGCGGCUGCUUGGAAGGCAGCCACCUUAAUCUCCAUCACGUACAACAUCAGCAACAUGAAGAAGGAGAAAUGAACGUAUACCAGUACCCACUGUACCGCCCUUAUUUGUGCGAUCUGUCGUCGUCAUCGUCAUCAUCGAUAACGUCAUCUUCGUCAGAAAGCCAAGAUGAGGACGACAGUUACAGUAGCGAGGAGGAGUCAGAUCAGUAAAAUUCUCUCCUUACCUCUAAAACUGUACAGAUUGUGAUAUGCUACCUUAGUCUGGUCUAUAAGGACAAUAAUAAUCAUGUAGGUUCUACAGUUGUUGACUAACUUAAUUGCGAAUUCGAAAAUAUUUGUAAGUAAAUCAAUAUCGUGGCAGAUAUUUUACGUUAUGGUAAGUGUUACUGCAAUAUAUUUUAAUACACCAAUUGAUUGCAAUUUGUAAUAUAAUAAUUAAUUUUUGAGAUUUUUCUUUUCUCUUAGUUUUUGCAUUGUAUUUUUUAAUUAAAUAGAUCGGUAUUUCUUCUGAUAUAAUAAUUUAUCGAUUUAACUACACAAUAAAUCUAAUUCUGACGUGGAGUCUUUUUUCUUUUUUGUUGUAAUCGAUGUAUUACUAUUAUUCACGUAAAUAACGCGAAUAAUAGUUAAGAGAAUGGAAAGAAAGUUAGAGACUUAUCAACCAAGAGAACAGGCAGAAUUCCAAAAAAGUUACGGAACAAAUGACUAUCUACAAAGUAUAAAAACCCUAAUAGAGAAAAUAGUGGAAUACAAUAAACCUCUAGUUCUAGUUUUUAUCGAUUUUCAUAAAGCCUUUGACACAGUUGAGCUUAGCAAAAUAUUACAGGCGAUUAAAGAAUGCAGGCUAGAUUAUAGGUAUACAAAAUUAUUACACAAAAUAUACUUACAGGCAACAACCACUGUCAAAUUACAUACUAACAGUAAUCGCAUAAAAAUAGAACGGGGGUUAGACAAUGAGACCCAAUGUCACCUAAACUUUUUAAUACGGUCUUAGAACAUGCUUUCAAGAGUUUGGAUUGGAUGAUAAAGGGAAUAAAAAUAGAUGGAGAAUACCUAAACAACUUACGCUUCGCCGAUGAUAUACUCGUAGUAGCUGAGGAUCUAGGUAUGGCAAGAGAGAUGGUACAAGAACUCGUUGUGGCUACAGAAAAUGUAGGUUUAAAUAUAAACAUCUUGAAAACAAAAAUAAUGACACAUUUGGUACCCAACCAGAACAUCAGUAUUGUUGGGAAGGAAAUAGAACUCGUACAUAGAUAUAAAUACCUGGGAUAUGAAAUUACGAUUGGCAGGGAUAACCAGACUCAUGAACUGAAGAGAAGAAUAGGUCUUGGGUUGGCAGCAUUUUAAAAACUGAGAGAAACUUUUAAAAGUGAGUUGCCCACAUGCCUAAAAAGAAAGGUAUUUGAUCAGUGCGUCCUCCCAGUCUUGACGUACGGAUCAGAAACACUUACCCUAACUAAAGCCUCGGCUACCAAACUAAGAGUCACGCAGAGAAGAAUCGAGCGGUCAAGGUUAGGAAUAACUCUGCGAGACAAAAUCAGAAACGAAGAAAUCGGGAGAAGAACAAAGGUGACUGACGUCAUCGAGAGGAUAGCCAGGUUGAAGUGGAGAUGGGCAGGGCACAUAGCCAGAAUGACAGAUGGGCGAUGGACGAAGAGGUUAUUGGAAUGGAGGCCAAGAGAAGACAAGAGAAGCGUCGGUCAACCGCCUACAAGAUGGACUGACGACUUAAGAAAUGUAAAUAAAAACUGGAUGAGAACGGCGCAGGAUAGAUGGAAACGAGGCCUAUCCUCGUGGGUCUAACGAGUGGAGGAGGCCUAUGUUCAGCAGUAGACUUUUGAGGCUGGAUGAUGUGAUGUGAUGUAUUACAUGGUUGCUAUAGUUACUUGAUGUGCCCACCUUUGGUUGUUCGAAUACAAAAAACAGGGAUGUAACAGGCGCUAUGUUGCCGCACUGCACUGGUUUUCUUGGUAAUGUCUAUUUGGUAGAAAAGUUCUAACAAUUAUCUGACCAACCGGAAAAUUUUGUGAAUUAAAUAUGACAUGAGCUACCUUGUGUUAUAUUUACAGACUAAAUAGUGUCACGGUCCUUUAUAAAUUAAGACAAUCCCUUUUAGUCCUUCUUCCACAUUUAAUACGGCUAUUCAUACACAAAACAAAUCAAAAUGAAAUCUAGAAAAGAAAAAAAUAUAAAAUACAGUUUAUCCCAAACCCUUUUUUUCAGUGCGUUAUAGUUUGUCGAAUUCGUUCUAAAGUCGACUUUACAUUACAUGAUUUAUCAUGUAAUUUGUCAUAUGAUUUGGUCAUGGAGUGAAAUUUACAUGUUUACACUGUGUGAUUUGUCAUAUGAUUUUGCAUUGUUUAUACGGCUCGUUUUGUCAUAAGCAUUGUCAUGCGGCUCGUCAUGGGAAAAAUCAUAUGACAAAUCACAUGAUAAAUCAUGUAGUGUAAAGUCGACUUAACGCAUUAGGCUCAAAGUGACAGAAAAAACGUACGUCCGUGAUUAAUAUACAUAGAACUUCGAAAAGUAUGUAUUCGUUGAAGGGUUUUUCCAUAUUAAAGCUACUUAUACUUAUAGAUGUAUAAUUGGUUGACAAUUACAAUAAUCUAAAUAUAUAACCAAUCCAUGAUACGAAUAAAGAUAAUUUGAAACAACAGUACCUAAUCUAUCGUGAAAGUACUUUCACAAUAUUAACGUAUAAAAUGGCCAUUGUAAUUCUAGGUUAGAAAUUUGUCAACGACGUAAAUAUAAAUAUUUUAUGUCAUUGGUAUAUUCGGACAUUGUGUAGUGAACUUGUCUAUAUUUACUUCAUUGUCUAUAUUUAUUUAUUUAUUUUUUCCUUAAAAUAUUUUAAAUAUUAAUAUUCUGGAAAAAAUAUUUAUAUAAAUAAUAUACAGUGAUGAGCGCGCUAAUAACCGGUAAAAUGGCGCAAAAGAUGGAAAACAUAAUACAUUGCGAAACAAAAAGAGAUGAAACUAGUGGAGGUGGAAAUGAUAGUUAUAAACGUAUAAAUUAACAUUACAUUACAUGGUUUCCCACCUUUAGACGUCUGUGACAAGAGUAUUUUAUAAAAUUCUACUGUCAUAGUGACAGUUGUCAUACUCCUCUGAUACGUCUAAAGGUGAGAAACUAUAUAAUGUAAUGUUAAUUUAUACUUUUAUAACGAUCAUUUCCAUCUCCACUAGUUUCAUCUCUUUUUGUUUCGCAAUGUAUUAUGUUUUCCAUCUUUUGCGCUAUUUUGCCGGUUAUUAGCGCGCUCAGCACUGUAUAUAACAUUUAUAUAAACAAAAAUAUAAAUAUUCUGACAACUGUCAGAUUUAACUAAAAUGCCAUGCAGUGAUUCGCGAUAUUUUUAAAAUCUUAUAUGACCUCAAAAUUAAUGACACUGAAAAAAGGGUUUGAGAUCAACUGUAAAUACAUUGUUGCCCAACAGCACACUUGAAAUUUUAUUGGUUUCUUCUUGUAUACAGUUUCCUUCCCCAUUUACACAUACCUCUAGUCGGCAUAAUUUAUUUCUUCUUUUGUUUCAUUUCGUUUUUACUUUAUCUUCUUGAAUAUUUAUUUUUUCUGUCACUGUAAUAUCGCUCAAUUUACAUGUUAUUGCGCAUCGAACCAUAAUUUCGAUAAUUGUGAAAAUUACUCAAAUUACUGUCUUUUUUUUUGCUAAAUAAGGUUUUAUAAAUCUCAUUUCGAUAGGUUGCAUUAUUGAAAAGGUUUUUUUUUAUUUCUUAUCGUUGAUGUCCUUGUAGUACAAUGCAUGUAUCUUUUACUACCACUACUACUACUAGCAAUACUUUUAAAAUUUAAUUAUUUAAAUAUGCUAAUUGUUGUGUUGUCGAUGCUUUUAUAUAAAAGGAUAGCGUAUUUCGAUUUAUUAUGACACCGAUAUGAUUACUUACAAAUACUUUAAAAUCUUUUAUACAAUUUAAGUCACACUCAAAAAACCGAAAGUUCAAAUUUAUUAGCCUCCUUACUGACCUUGCUAAACAAACUAAAUAGAAUUGUACAUAGAUAGCAAAUUUAUUGUAUAUAUAUUAUAUACAAAAUGCAUAGUUCUUACACAAGCAGAGGUGUACAUUGUAAAUGUGUUAUUUUCCAUACAAGCUACGGCAUAAAAUAAUAUAUAUUAUAUAUUAUAAAAACUAUUUUACUUUUGUUUACUGCGAUUUUACGUAGGGUGACACGAAAUAAAUGUGCGUGUGCGCUGACUUUAUAUUCAAGGAUAAUAAAUUGAAUUUUGGAAAUCCUGUAAAUAUUAGAAGCAUGAUUAAAAAAAUAACAUUAAUUACAAAAUA